UUAGAUGACGAUACGAAGGUAAAGUUUUACUCCGAGUGGAAGAAAAGUUCCAAGAGUGGAAGCCCCGAUUUGGGGAAGAGUCCAUUCCUCCAUGGAUCACGCUCGAGUUCUAGACGAAGAUCACAAAGAUGGUCACCGCAUUUCCAACAACAACAACGCUAUGGCAACAGCAGCAGUGAGCAUCACGCCGGUUGUGGUUGCUCUAGUCACUCUCCUCGUCAUUCUCUUCUUGCUGAAACGUCGAAUUCUCCUCCGCAAGACCAUCAACAAGAUCGCGAUCCCGAAGAGCAGCAGCAGCAGCCGACCCUCUUGAUCCAGACCCCCGCUCUCUCGAAAUCGCUCAUCCAGAGACUCCCGGUCUACAAGAGCUCCAAGAGCAAGAGAGUGUCGUCCGACUGCGCGGUGUGCUUGGGCGAUUUCCAAGAGGGCGAGGACGUCAAGAUACUUCCAAAGUGUGGCCAUGGCUUCCACGUCGAGUGCAUCGAUACUUGGCUCUCGAUCCACUCCAACGUUUGCCCCCUGUGUCGAGCCCAGGUUGAGGAUCCGGCCGCGAUCGUUGUCUCGAUCGAUCCAGCAGCCGCCCAAGUGAUCGAAGAUGGAUCCUCUCCACCUCUAGAAGAUCAUGCCACUAUAGGAUCUGAUCGCGCAGGAGGAGUAGUAACACCGGGGAUAAGGAAGAAGAGCUCCAGUCUCGAGGAAGGGAGCCCCUUGUUUCGAUCGAUCUUUGCGAGGUUCUCGAGAGCUGGUGCUCCCCCGGAUGAUCAAAAUCCCUCGCUGCCAUCGUCGUCGUCGUCGCCAGAGGAUUGCAGGAUGAGACGUUCGUGGUCGAGUAGCCGUGUUUUUUCGUUUCGAAGGAACAGGCAGCAGCAAAGCGAUUCUCUUCCGUAAUCGGACUGAACUCCGUGCUGAAAAGUCCGAGUCAAGGUUAAAAGCAUUGUUUCUUGUCUAUCCUCUUGUUUCUUUUCAGUGUUGUGCUGUAGGUUCUUCUUUUCUAUAUUUUUUUGACUAAAGAGAUAAAGGAGUGAA